AUGGCAGAGUCAUCAGCAACCGCGCUCGUCCUCCACGGCGCUAAGGAUCUUCGUGUGGAGAAGCGAGCAGUCAGUGCUCCCUCCGGCGCCGACGUCCAAGUCGCCGUCCAAGCAACCGGUCUCUGCGGCUCCGACCUGCACUACUACUCCCACGGCCGAAACGGCGACUUCGUCGUGCGCGAACCAAUGUGUCUAGGCCACGAAUCCGCCGGCACCGUCACAGCCAUUGGACCAAACGUGACAACCCUCAAAGUCGGCGACCGCGUCGCCCUAGAAGUCGGCCUCCCCUGCCGUAAAUGCGCCCUCUGCAAAUCAGGCCGCUACAACAUCUGCAAAGCCAUGCAAUUCCGCUCCAGCGCAAAGAUGUUCCCCCACCUCGACGGUACCCUCAUGGAACGCACCAACCACCCGGCCGAUAUGUGCCACGCCCUACCCUCCAACGUCUCCGACGCUGGUGGUGCCCUCGUCGAACCACUGGCCGUCUGCCUGCACGCCAUCCGCCGCUCUCGCCCCCCAUCCAAGGAAGAAGUUGCCUCUGCAAAGACCACAGGCGAAGGCACAGCCGCAUUGGUCUUUGGUGCUGGCGCCAUCGGCCUCCUCCUGGCUUCCUCGCUCGCAGCCGCAGAGAACUUCUCGUCAAUCCUCGUCGCGGACAUUGACGCGGCCCGAUUGGAAAUUGCCGCCUCGCUCGGUCUCAAGACUGCUCUGAUCCCGCGCGGUGAUCCUGCCAACCCCCCUCCUCCUAAGGAUGCUCCUCACGCAGACCAGACUGCCUGGGCCCUGGCCAAUGCGCAAAGCGUCGCGGCGACUUUAACCGAGGCUGCCAAUUCAGCUGAUAGCUCGGAAAUCACUGGUUUCAGCCGUGUGUAUGAUUGCACUGGUGUGCCUGCCUGCGUGCAGGCGGGUAUUUACGCCUCCUCGCCUGGUGGUCUGCUUGUUCAGGUUGGUAUGGGUAAUCCCAUCCAGACUGUCCCUGUUGGUGCGGCUGCGCUGCGUGAGGUCGAUGUUAUUGGUACCUUCCGUUAUGAUGGACAUGCUUACCCGGCUGCUAUUGCGUUGCUUGCGAGUGGUAAGCUGGCUGCUACUGAGGAUAAGGUUGUGACUCACCGGGUGAGUCUGGAGGAUGGUGCGCGCGCUUUUGCUCUUGCUGGUAAGGGUAUUGAUGAGAGUGGUCGUCCUGUUGUGAAGGUUAUUAUUGAGAGUAAGCUACAGUCUUCUCUGUAG